AGACCAAAAAGGUGGAAAAAUUAAUUCAAAACCCUUAAACUCUUGUAUCUCUCUCCCCCAAAAAAACUUCCAUCUCCCUCUUUUUUUCUCUCUCCUCUUUCUCUCUUCUUCAUUAGCUUUCUCUCUCAUCUAAUGCAUAGCAAACCCUAAAACCCUAAUUUAACAUACCCUCUUUCUUUUUCUUAGGGUUUUACUGAUUUUCAUCUUAUAUUAGUACGUAAAUUUAGGGUAAAAAAAUAUUAAAUUUUGCUGCUUUUUGUUUUGUUUUUGUUUUUGCGCGUGUUUUUGUUUUUUGUUUUCUGGGAUAAAAAUGGUUACUUUGUUGAAGACUGAAGGUGGGACGCAAAUUGUUUCGGCUAAAGUUCAGAAAACUAUUCAAUCGAUCAAAGAAAUUGUGGGUAAUCAUUCUGAUUCUGAAAUUUACAACACUCUUCAAGAAAGUAAUAUGGACCCUAAUGAAACUGCUCAAAAAUUAUUGAACCAAGAUCCCUUUCAUGAAGUGAGGAGGAGACGAGAUAAGAAAAAAGAGAAUGCAGGAUAUAAUGAUCACUUUGAACCGAGGAAACGUUCUGAAUAUACAAGUCAAGGGGUGAAACUCUAUGGUUCUGAUCGUAAUGUUCACAGAGGUGGCUAUAAAAGGAGUCCUGUAAAUGAUGCAGGAAUGAGUCAGGAGUUUCGUGUUGUGAGAGACAACAGAGUUAAUCAGAAUUCUGAAAGAGAAGCUAAGCCUUCAACUCAAGCUUCAUUGUUGGCCAAUGUCCAGCGGAUUAAUAAUGCUUCUGAGAGAAGUUCAUCUGUAGUGCCAAACUAUCAUAGACACCCAGGUAGACGUUUUCAAACUCCCAACGGGAUGCGUGAUUUUCGGCCCAAAGUGUCUCGGGACUCUAAUACUGACUCUCGAAAUGGACAUUUUGAGAAGAAAUCAACUGUUACAGGUUCUGAAUCUCAGGUCACAUUGAUGAAGCCAAACAAUUUGCACUCUCAAGCUGGUGGUACUGUAUCUUCCAGUGCUGUAGGUGUUUACGCUUCUGCUUCAGAUCCUGUGCAUGUUCCAUCUCCUGAUUCUAGAUCUUCUACAGCUAUUGGGGCGAUAAGGCGUGAGGUUGGGGUUGUUGGCAGUCGUCGACAAUCUUUGGAUAAUAGUUCAAAGCAGUCUCUUCAGCAAAGUAAUUCUAACACUAAUUCAGUCUUGGGAAAUUCAUCAGCGGCAGAACCAUUUCGUCAGAUAAAUGUUGUUUCUCGAAAUGACCAAACUCAUGCUACUGCUGUGGAACCUGUAGUGGUUAGCUCUACUGGAAGCAGAUCAAGCAGUCACUUCAAUGGUAGAUUGCAUCAGCAAUCUGUUGGUCAUCAGAAAGGUGCCUUGCCUGGUAAAGAAUGGAAGCCUAAGACAAACCAGAAGUCUAUUGUUUCAAGUCCAGGCGUGAUAGGAUCACCUGUAAAAUCUGUUUCACAUCUGGUUGAUAAUUCCAAGAAUGUUGAGAGUGAAGCAGAGCAGUUGCAAGAUAAGCUUUCACAAGUAAACAUAAAGGAGAGUCAAAAUGUCAUCAUAGCCCAGCACAUUCGGGUCCCCGAGAAUGACCGUUGUAGGCUGACUUUUGGAACUUUUGGUACAGAAUCAGAUAGUGCCGAGAACCCUGUUUCCACAUUUCAAGCAGUUGAUAGAGUCGAAGAGCCAAUGGAGCCAUCUUCUUGCAACCAGCAGAUAAAUUCUGUUCAUGAUCAAGUUCGAAAUUCUGGUUCUAGUAGUCCAUCACGUGCAUCAUCUGAGAAUCAGUCGCCUGAGAAGAAGGAUUCCUCCGCAAUCUCCAAUGCAGAAGAUUUUAGUGAUAUGGGUUUGGUCCACAACAGCUCAUCGUUGACUGGUGUAAAGUCUCAGCAGCACCAGGAGUCCACUGAUUUGUCCAACUUUUCUGCGUAUGAUCAGCAACCGGUUUAUGACAUAUCAUAUUUUAGGCCUUCUAUUGAUGAUGCCGUACGUGGAUCUGGCCUGCCAUCUCCUCAGGAGGCUUUACCAUCACACAUUGCCAACAAUGCCUCCGCAUCAUCUGUUGGAAUGGUGCAGCAGCAGGCACAUAUGGCUCAGAUGUAUCCACAAGUCCACCUUUCGCAUUUUGCUAAUGUCAUGCCAUAUCGACAGUUCAUUCCUCCGCUCUAUGUUCCACCAAUGGUUCCUGGAUUUUCUGGUAACCCUGGCUAUCCCCACCUCUCAAAUGGAAGCAGUUAUGUUUUGAUGCCUGGUGGAAGUUCUCAUCUACCUGCAAAUAGCCUCAAGUAUGGAGUUCAACAAUUCAAACCUUAUCCCGUUGGCAGUCCUACUGGCUUUGGGAAUAUGCAAAACCCCAAUGGAUAUGCCAUCAAUGCUCCCGGAGUUGUUGGGGGACCGACAGGUCUUGAUGAUUCAUCCCGUAUUAAGUACAAAGAUAAUAACCUUUAUGUUCCAAAUCCACAGGCUGAAACUUCUGAAGUUUGGAUACCAAACCACAGAGAUCUUCCUGGCAUGCAACAAAAUCCAUAUUUCAACAUGCAGGGGCAGACAGCUCACCCUGCUGCUGCAUAUUUACAAUCCCACACAGGUCAUGCUUCUUUCAAUGGAGCAGGCGUAGCGCAAUCAUCCCAAAUGCAAUUUCCUGGGAUGUAUCCUCCUCAGGCCACUGGUAUUCCCAAUGCUCAUCAUCUGGGUGGCGGUAAUAUCGGAGUUGGAGUUGCUCCACCAGCUCCUGGUGCUCAAGUUGGAGCUUACCAGCAGCCUCAGAUCAGUCAUCUCAACUGGACAACAAACUUCUAAGAAACAAGAUGCUAAUCCUUUCCAUGCCUUGUUAUUGUCAGGGAUGGAUAAUCUAGGUACAGGUUCCAAAUUUCCUUGUUAAUUAUGACCCUAACUCUUAUCAUUUUUGUUUAAUAGAAAAUGUGGUGUUCAGCCCUAUCUCUCUCUCUUUCUUAAAUUUCUGCCGAUACAAGCUAACAUAGUGCUUUCUGAACAUCGUACAAUCUCGACGCUGUUCUUUCAAAAGCUAAGCUUAACUUAACAUAAAUUACGCUAUUGCUAUUAA